UUUGAAUAAUGAAAAUAACAUUUCGCAGAUAUAUCGGAAGGCAUAUCUGGCCUUCUUAAAGCGCAAAAAAGCGAACGUCGCGAUGAUGUACUUAACUGGCUUUCCCCAACCAAUUAUGCUUCCUAGUAGUAUGACUACUUUAGAAAUCGGCAGCGAGGGACAGGGCAAUGGCUCGUGGAUUCGAAACAGUAUCAAAGUUGGCUCAGCACUCCGGGAGAAGUAUUAUUCUGCCAGGGAAUUCCAGGAGCCGGAAAAACUGUCCUAGUAUCCAUGGCGAUUGAUCAAAUUACCACAAAAUUUCAACAUGAUAUGGACACAGCAUUGCAUACGUUUAUUUUGAUUACCGACAGAGGGAAGAACAUGCUGAAAUGUUGCUUCGGAAUCUCUUGAAACAGUUGGCUCAGAAAAGGCCCUCGCUGCCAGCUUGUGUGAGCGCCUUGUAUAAGCAGGGCAUAGAUCAGGGAACUUCACCUUCAUUGGAGGCAAUAUCGCUUGCCCUUCAAACGGUGGUAGGAGAUUAUUCGAAAGUUUUCAUCAUCGUUGAUGCGCUUGAUGAGUCUCCGAACGCCAGUCGCAAUAGAUUCCUAGCUGAGAUCCUCAAUCUCCGUCAUAAAUUGACGGUGAAUAUAUUCGCAACUUCUAGGCAUAAUACAGAUAUCGCUAGCUGGUUUGAAGGUGGCGCAUUCAUUGAGAUAUAUGCUCAAGAAGAAGAUAUAAGGGAAUAUCUAAGUGGAAACAUGCACCUGUUACCAGACUUCGUCCGCAAUGAUGAGAGAUUGAAGAACGAGAUUGAAAAGACGAUUGUCAGCUCGGUGCAAGGAAUGUUUCUUCUUGCCAAGCUCCAUUUAAACUCACUGAUUGGAAAAUUCACCAUUAAAGACGUUCGAAAUGCCCUUGAAAAGCUAUCGACUAGGUCCGACGCAUGUGACCACGCUUAUGAAGAUGCGAUGAAGCGGAUUGAUAGUCAGGAUGCGGGCCGAAAAGAUCUUGCUAGACGAGCCCUAUCAUUCAUUGUAUAUGCGAAAAGAAAAAUCUCUGCAGUAGAGCUCCAGCAUGCCCUAGCAGUGGAAAACGAACGCCACGAACUUGACAGCCAAAAUCUCGCCAGUAUCGAAAACAUCAUCUUAGUGUGCGCAGGCUUAGUUACUCUUGAUCAUGAAACUGGCAUAAUCCGACUAGUUCACUACACAGCACAAGAUUACUUCGAGCGGACUCAGGCAUCGUGGUUCCCUAGCGCCGAGAGAGCAAUCACAAAGUCUUGUGUUACCUAUCUCUCUUUCUCAGUGUUUGACAGCGGUUUCUGUAGCACUGAUGUCGAUUUUGAGCAUCGGUUGUCGUCGAAUCCAUUUUAUAAUUAUGCAGCGCACAAUUGGGGGCAUCAUGCUCAGAAAAUCUCGCCAAUACCGCAAGAGCUUAUAGCUUUCAUUAAAUGCGACCUUAAGGUGCAAGCGUCAAGUCAAGUAUUAAUGGCGAGUAAACCGACGUGGAAGGGCUCGGAUUACAGCCAGCAAUUUCCUAAGAAGAUAACUGGACUGCAUCUGGCGGCGUAUUUCGGAAUAGGAGAUAUAAUCGAAACUAUACUCAAUGAGCAGGACUUGGACGCCGACGAUGGUUUCGGUCGGACGCCACUGUCAUAUGCUGCUGGUAACGGAUUCGAGACGGUGGCCAGGCUGCUGCUCCAUAGACAUAACGUCAAUCCAAACUCUCGAGACAGAGGAGGACAAACACCACUUAUGUGGGCGGCCAAGGAAGGACACUACACCACGGCCAAAUUAUUGCUUGCAACUGAUGGGGUUGACGCCAGCGUUAGAGAUUACCUUGGCCAGACAGCGUUA